AUGGCAGAACACCUGAGGAAACUUGUCUCGAACGAAUAUUUACGAUCACUGCCUGAGAAGCUUGACUGCUGGCUGAGGGAGUACAACACAAACUCAUGUGACCAAAAUCUAAAUAUUUGCCUUGAACUCAUUGAGCAAGUUGCCAAGCUGCAGGGACAACUCUUUGGAAUCCUCAGUACAGCAGCCAAGGAGGGAGGACAUUAUGCUGGAGUGGAAAUAAUCAAAUCACGACUUUUGCCUUGGCUAGAGGCUUCCUUUACUGCUGCUUCCAUGGGAAAGCCUGUUGAUGGCACAGUCCCCUCUCUACAGGACACAUUUGAUAGGGAAAGAAAUUCUCUUUUUCGGGAUCAGGACCUACAGUUAGACUCUGAGUUGGGCUCAACCCGUAAUCAACUCAAAAAGGUUCAAGACGAUCUGACUGAAACUGAAAAGACUCUUGAAGAAACCAAGAACAGAUCGGCCAUAUCCCUUUUGGCUGCAGAGGAGGAAAUAAAUCAGCUAAGACAGCAGCUUAAAUCUCUUCAAUCCCAAGAAGACCGCCACAGGAACUCAGACUACUACUCAGACUACCGGGGCGGAGAGCGGGGUAGGAGCAUAGACCACAAGAGUAUAGACCUGAGGGGAGCAGAGCCACGGGCCUCAGAACCACGGGGCUCUGAGGCACAGUACAUAGACCUGAAGAACUUAGACAGAAGGAACACAGACCAGCACAACCCCGAAGUGAUAUCUGACUAUGAGAAACAGCUCCGAACACUCAAGGACGAGAUCGCUGUUCUGUCUGCUGAAAAGAAUGUACUCCAAGGAAGGUCUGUCAGGAGCCGGUCUCCUAGCCCUGCCCCUCGCAGUCGGUCGGCCAGCCGGACUGCCAGCCGGGCGGCCAGCCGGGCUGCCAGCCCUUCCACUGCAGUUGCGAAAAUUAGAACCCCAUCGCCCAAUCGCUCCAAAUUGUCCAGUGUGGCGCGCAAGGCUGCCCUCCUGUCUCGGUUCAGCGACGCCUAUUCCCAGGCCCGUCUGGAUGCACAGUGCCUGCUGCGGCGCUGCAUAGACAAAGCUGAGUUGGUGCAGCGGAUCAUCUACAUUGCCACAGUGGAAGCAUUCCAUGUAGCUAAAAUGGCAUUCAGACACUUCAAGAUCCGUGUGAGGAAAACGUUGACACCAUCUUAUGUGGGGUCAAAUAACUUUGAAGAUGUCGUCUCAGAUUAUAUCAUUUGUCAUCUUGAUCUAUAUGAUGCCCAAAGCAGUGUUAAUGAUGUGAUACGAGCCAUGAAUGUCAACCCCAAGAUUUCGUUCCCUCCUGAAGUUGACUUUUGCCUCCUCAAUGACUUUAUUCAGGAGAUAUGUUGCAUUGCCUUUGCAAUGCAGACCUUAGACCCACCCCUAGAUAUUGCAUUUGGGACUGAUGGAGAAGUUUUCAAUGAUUGCAAGUACCGUCGCAGCUAUGACUCAGAUUUCACCGCUCCCUUAGUCUUCUACCACGUGUGGCCUGCUCUCAUGGAGAAUGAUUGUGUCAUUAUGAAGGGAGAAGCUGUCACCAAGAGAGGGGCUUUUUGGAAUUCGGUGCGGCCUGUAACUCGAUGUCGAAGUCGGAGUCUAAGUCCUGUUUGCCCCCGUAGCCGUAUUGGUUUAAGCACGGUACAUAUCUGUCUAAUCAUUUAUUACACAAAAUCGUUCUAUGAUUGA